UUCACAAGAUGUGAUGGUUUUAAAAACGGGAGGUUUCCCUGCACAAGUUCUUUCUUUGCAUGCUGCCAUCCAUGUAAGAUGUGACUUGCUCCUCCUUGCCUUCCACCAUGAUUGUGAGGCCUCCCCAGCCAUGUGGAACUGAUAAGUGCCCAAGAGUACAAUUGCUGGGUCAUAUGUGUGUCAUUUUGAUGCUGGAAAUAUAGAUGGGGAAUAGAGCCAGCUUCAGCAAAUUCAUAGCUACAGCGCCUGAAUGGACACUAGAUGGCAGUACAACAGACAGACUCCAAUUGAGGUUUCAACAGUGGAACUUAACGUUCAAGCCGGAAGGAACCUUAGACACCAUCCAGUCCAACCCCUCAUUUUUUUGCAGCAAACAAAUAAAAAACCCCAAGAACAAGAAACAGGAGUGACUUGCUCAGUAAUUGUUGAGUGACAAAUCAAAUGAUGCUGUUUGGAAAAAUUUCCCAGCAGUUGUGUGGCGUAAAGAAACUCCCAUGGUCAUGUGACUCCAGAUACUUCUGGGGCUGGUUGAAUGCAGUGUUUAAUAAGGUGGAUUAUGAUCGCAUCAGGGAUGUUGGCCCUGACAGGGCGGCAUCCGAGUGGUUGCUGCGCUGUGGGGCCAUGGUGCGCUACCAUGGCCAGGAGAGGUGGCAGAAGGACUACAACCACCUUCCAACAGGCCCUCUGGACAAAUACAAGAUUCAGGCGAUCGAUGCCACCGACUCUUGUAUCAUGAGCAUUGGAUUUGAUCACAUGGAGGGCCUAGAGCAUGUUGAAAAAAUAAGGCUGUGCAAGUGUCAUUAUAUCGAGGAUGACUGUUUGCUGAGACUUAGUCAACUUGAAAAUUUACAAAAAACCAUAUUGGAAAUGGAAAUAAUAUCCUGUGGGAAUAUCACAGACAAAGGCAUCAUUGCUUUGCUUCAUUUAAGAAACCUCAAAUAUUUGUUGUUAAGUGAUCUUCCUGGAGUAAGAGAAAAAGAAAAUCUUGUCCAAGCCUUUAAGACAGCACUGCCUUCUCUGGAACUAAAAUUACAAUUGAAGUAAAAUAAUGUGUCUUAUUUCAGUAUAAAGGAUCAUUUGAAACUGUUGAUUCUGAACAUCAACUAAUAUUAUAUAGUCAUCAGUAGAAUUAUAAGGAUGCCAUAAUAUGACAUUUUAGAAGUGGAGAGUGCAUCAUAUGUAGAAAAUAAAUAUCCAGACGUGACUCACUAAUGUUACUAAGUUGAAAGUGAGAAUUUAUAUACAUUAAUUCAUUUUAAGAAAAGUGCAGCUGGGCACGGUGGCUCAUGCCUGUAAUCCUAGCACUUUGGGAGGCCAAAGCGGGCAGAUCACCUGAGGUCAGGAGUUCGAGACCAACCAUGGCCAUCAUGGUGAAACCCUAUCUCUACUAAAAAAACAAAAUUAGCUGGAUGUGAUGGUGCAUGCCUUUAAUCCCAGCUACUCUGGAGGCUGAGGCAGGAGAAUCACUUGACUUGGGAGGUGGAGGUUGCAGGGACCCGAGAUUGCGCCACUGCACUCCAGCCUGGGUGACAGAGCGAGACUGUCUCAAAAAAAAAAAAAGAAAAAAGAAAAAAAUGUAAACUAGAUAACAUUUUAAUUCUAAUAUAUUUAUUUAAUAUGUAAAUCUAUAGGUAUCUCUUGAUAUAGAUAUUUAUUUAGAAUCCUUUAAAGUUAUUUGUACAACAGAUGUUUUUAUUAUAAUAGUAAUUUACAUUUAACUUUAAAGUUAGUGAAGCAUACUACCAUAAAUGCACAAUUAUGAAAAAUUAGAAGCUAAAUUACAGAUUCAUUGAUGGAGUCAAUUAUGCAAAGUGGUCAGUGGUUGUUGAAGCAUGCAUUGCUUCAACAGGAUUUGCAUGCAUUUCCCAUGAUCCUGCAUCCUUGUGUUCUUGAUAGCAUACAGACUUUCUCAGAAUCAACCGUUGCUGCUUAAUUUGUCUAUUUUGUAAGCUUAGGCUACUAUUUUAUUAAAACUGGACAUAGAUACUUGGCUGAAUACAAAUAGUUUUGCAGAUUGCAAUAUAAUAAAGGAAACAAUAAAAACCAGUGGGCUAUGCUUAGGUUUUUCUUAAAACCUAACAUUGCUUUAGGCCUAACAUUGCACAGGCCGUGGCUCAUGCCUGUAAUCCCAGUGCUUUGGGAGGCUGAGGUGGGAGGAUCACUUGAGACCAGGAGUUUGAGACCAAUUUGGGCAAUACAGCGAGACCCCAUCUCUAUAAAAAAUUUUAAAAAUUAGGCAGGCAUGGUGGCGCAUACCUGUAAUCUCAGAUACUUGGGAGGUUGAGGUGGUAGGAUUGCUUGAGCUCAGGAGUUUAAGGCUGCAGUAAGCUAUGAUCACGGCCACUGCACACCAGCCUGGUAUAGCCUGGGUGAAAGAGGGAGAUCCUGUCUCUUUAAAAAAAAAAAAAAAAAAAAAGGCUAGCCUGUAAUCCCAGCACUUUUGAAGGCCAAGGCAGGCAGAUCAUUUGAGCCCAGGAGUUCAGGAUGAGCCUGGGCAACAUGGCAAAACCCUGUCUCUACCAAAAAAUUAAAAAAUAAAAAAUAAAUAGCUGGGUGUAGUGGCACAUGCCUGUAGUCCCAACUACUCAGGAGUCUGAGGUAGGAGGAUCAGUUGAGCCCGGGAAGUCGAGGCCGCAGUGAGCCAUGUUGGCACCACUGCACUCCAGCCUGGGCAACAGAUUAAGACCCUGUCUCAAAAAAAAGUCAAAAAUAGAUAAAACAGGUCUUCAUUGUUACCUAUGAGAAAUGACCCUGAUUCUAUUACUCUUGUAUGCCAGCUUGUUUAUAGAUUUCUGUGUGUUUGAACUUUUUUUUUUUUUGAGACAGACUCUCACUCUGUUGCCCAGGUUGGAGUGCAGUGGUGUGAUCUCAGUUCAUUGCAACCUCUGCCUCCCGGGUUCAAGCAGUUCUCUGCCUCAGCCUCCCAGGUAGCUGGGAUUACAGGCGUCCACCACCACGCCCAGCUAAUUUUUGUACUUCUAGUAGAGACAGGGUUUCACCCUCUUGGCCAGACUGGUCUUGAACUCCUAACCUCAGGAUCCACCCGCCUCGGCCUCCCAAAGUGCUGGCAGCCACCGCGUCCAGCCUGGUGUGAACAUUAUUAAGCUGUUGAAUAUAAACUUGAAAAUAAUUUUCAAAUAAACACCUUCUAUGAUACAGCUUUCAGGUAGAAAAAUGAAUUUUCGUUGUGUUUAACAACGUGUGUUUAACAGCUUAUACAAAUAACACAUAGUAUAAAUGGUAAUUGCCACUGUCAUUUUAAAAAUCAGAAAAUAGUAAAUAAAAGGAUGUGGAAGAGUCUCAUGUGAUACAGUGGAGAUUUCAUACCGAAUAAAAGCAUUAUAAAUAUGGUUAAAUUGAACAUAAGCAUAAAUUUAACGGAACUCAUUAGAAAAAAAUAAGCCUUUUUUCUCAGGUUUGUUUCAUUACUGUAUGGUGAGACAACUGAUUCACCACGAUUUAGUCUAGAGCUACUUUUCUAUUCUGAAUAGUUUUUGAUAAAACUAUUGGCUGAAUUAUUAGGCAGUUAUAGUAAUCUGCCUCCGUCAAGUGCAUUUUCUUGGGUUAAGGAAAAAAAAAUUUUUUUUAACUAUUCACGGAAGCUGGAUGUUCUUCCUUGUCAUUUGAAUCAAGGGCUGUCUAACAGGAAUUGAAUAAUUCAGGGACUGGCAUUUAACCCAUAUCAGGUCUAGGCAAGAAAUGAUAUACAUUAGGAAGCCUUAGGAUAUCAUUAGAUAUCCUAGGGUAGUCAAAAUUAUUGAAUAGACACCAGACCUCAGUGGAUUACUUAAGUAAAUGGGGUCAGAUGUCAUCAUGAAGAAAAUUAACAGGAAGAAAAUGAGAGUACAGAAGAAAUGUUUUGAAAAUAGAGUGAAAUACAACUUUGAAGACCAUGGCUGAGAAGUGCUAGGAAUAGUGGCAGCACAUCAACCAGAAAUGGUGUUGAGCUAUAAGAAACAGACGUCAGGCUUCAUAUUGCCCUUGUGUCCAGGGGACAAGGAUGAAAAAGCUUUUUGAUUAAGAGCAGUAGACCAAAUCAAAGCUAAUUAUGUCAUUUUGGCCGGGCGCAGUGGCUCAUGCCUGUAAUGCCAGCACUUUGGAAGGCCAAGGCGCUCAGAUCACGUGAACCCAGGAGUUCAAGACCAGCCUGGGGAACAUGGCAAAACCCUGCCUCUACCAAAAAAUACAAAAAAAUUAGCCAGUAUAGUGGCACAUGCCUGUAGUUCCAGCUACUUGGGAGGCUGAGGUGGGAGUUUCAAGAUAGAUAGAUAGAUAGAUAGAUAGAUAGAUAGAUAGAUAGAUAGAUCGAUCAUCAUUUUCAGUCUCACUGUGCAAAGCUGUGAGUCCUCAAUACUUUGGACUAUUUAGUGUAAUAUAUUAGUUGUUAGAAUAGCAUAUAUAUAUAUAUACACACACACACACACACACAUACAUACACAUACAAACAUGGUGCAAAAAGAUGUUUCAGGGAAAACAUCAGUUUACAACAUAAUGUCUUUCAUGACUCAAGUAAAAGCUCACAAGUAAUUUCUUCUGAAACCCAGAUCACUGAAUUACAGGUUUGCGUAUAGAUGUACCAGGUCAAAGGCUGUGCCAGAGAGAAUGAAAUACUAAUUAUUUUCAGGCUGACAGGUUCAGUUCCUACAAAGCCUGUAGGUCUUGCUCUACCCUUUGACUGCGUUAAUCAGCUGCCGAGCUUCAUGCCAUUGUUUACAAGGGGAAUUGGGUGAAUAAAUGUAGACAGAUUACAGUAAAUCCACCUUGCCUGCAAAAGUGACUAAGGUGUAUCCUUUACUGAUAAAGUAACGAUGAAAUGUAUAAACAUAUAAUUAAAUAUAUAAAUUACCAAGUUUUUGUGAUAAUUUGUAUGCUUUUAAAUAUUUUGAACCUAAGUGUUACCCUCAAAAUGUUUUAAAAUAUAAAAAUCAAGAAAUAGAGCAAGCAGGAAAUGGGAUUUUAAACAUUUGAUUUCAAGAAAUAGAACUAUCUUAAAUAUGAUGCUGAAACAAUCUGAGAGGCAGGAGAUAGGACUCAGGCAAUAGAGAUCCGAGGAAGUAUAUGUGGGCAUUUUGUAGUCCAUUUUUCUUGUGUGGCAUGUGGUACAACUGAAGCAUAAAUCUUUUUGAUACAUCUGGUUUUGCCAGAGGUAUGGGACAGUUCAUAUUCUGUCCAUAAGUUCGGCUACUUACAUAAACUGAAAUGCAAGUGCAACUCCAAACAGGUUUUUUCUUUCUUUUCUGGACACCAUCAUCAAGCAUGGAAGACGGGAUCUGGCAUUUCCCUUCAUAUCUUGCCAAUUGGCCUCCCAGUUUCUUGCUUAUGUUUUCUCCUGGUGUGUUUUCAACAUUGUAAUUGUUUUCAAUCAACUGUAUAAGUUUUAUUUUCUUCAAAGCAUCUAUUGAUUCCUUUUUUAAAAUCAUGUCUCCUAGCUCCUUUAAAUGUUUGGAAAACGGUAGUUAAGUUUCUUGGUAUUACAGUAGUACUUCUUAUUAUCCAAAGCUGGAAGGAUGCUGCUGCCAGUUAGCUGGGGUAGGUACUGCAACUAAAAAUGCAAAACACAGAAUUAGGUUCAAAACUGUGCCAUGCAUUUUUUUUCAUUAUUUAGAAUAUAUCACAAAAGAGGUAAUUAAGCUUUUUAGUAUAGAAAUACUUUUUUUGCACACAAUCCAGGACUUGAAAGAGGAUUAAAUGUUUCAAUUUGGUCUUGGCUUUUCCUUUUAAAUGUUUAUAUUAAAAAGGAAAAACAUUCACA